AUUUUGACUGCGAUGAGAGAGGCGUUCGUGCCGUGCUUGGGACUGCUGUCAUUGUGGAUUUCAUUCAAUAUUAUUUUUGCGUUUUAUUAUAUAGGCUAUAGAUAGAUGAGAUUAAUCCUUGUACAGAAAUUGUUGGAGCUGCUUCAGUAUGACAGAACAGGAAGAUGAUUACAUGUCUGACAGCUUCUUGCUACAAAGUGAAUCAGUUAAACCAGGGUUGGCAUGGGGAAAAUUGGCGAAACAAAACAAGAAGGAGAGCAGACAUAUUGAGUUCAAUAAAACAUCUAAAAAGGUACAAAAACCGUUGAAAAUACAGCAAAGAGAACAACUUGAAGAAGGCCUGCAAAAUGCAAUCUCCAGUGACAAUAAAGGAUUUGCUAUGCUGCAAAAGAUGGGGUACAAAAAAGGCAUGGGACUUGGCAAGACAGGGACUGGAAGAAAAGAACCUGUGCCGAUUGCAAUAAAGACAGAUAGAGGAGGAUUAGGCAGAGAGGCUCAGGUGAAAAAACAGAAACAGGAAGUUGAACAAUUUCGAGAACGGAUGAGAAAGAAUAGAAUGCAAAACCAAGAAAAGAAUAAAGGUGAAUUUUUACAACGUGUAAGAGAGAAACAAGUGAACAGGGGAGCAGAGAAAGACUUCUAUCAGAGCCAGAAAGUUUGUGAGCAGCUUGAUAGAACUAAUGGUGUUGAAGAACCUGUAGUUUUAUGGUACUGGCCAAAACAUUUGAGACCUAAGACACAAGAGGAAGACAAUAUAAAAGAAUGUGAUAUGGAGGAAGAAGAAGAUGAGGAAGAAGAGGAAAAAGAUGUAGGCGAUGAUAUACCAAUUCAAGAAAGACUAGAUGAUAUCACUAGAUAUCUCAGAACUAAGUAUGUUUACUGUAUAUGGUGCGGAACAUCUUUUAAUGAUGGACAAGACUUAGCUGAAAAUUGCCCAGGUGAUGAUGCAGAUGCCCACAGUUAGCAGUUGCUCAGGAGAUAUCAUGUGAUCAUCUUUUGUGUCUACGUAACUGUUGAAAACUGCCCAGUGACUGGACAGGUAGCAAUUGCUCAACUCCUUGCACACACCUGUACAUGCUGAAAACUACCCAUGUCAGGUUUCAAUGAUUUAAUCAUUGGCCAAUCAGAUGGUACGCAUUUACAUUGCCUGAUCAGGGAGGUUGUUUGCAUUGUUCUUAAGGAUUAAGAAAUUCUUAUAUCAUGAAUAGCAGGGAUAGGUGUGAUUAUUAAAAUGGACUUCCAGCAAUAUAAUUAUAAAAUAAUAAUUAUUAUAUUAUUAUGACCUGCAUGGAAGUGUCAUCUUGGGUCAACGGGUAGCCCUUAUUGGCUACCUGUAAUAGAGAUCAGUAAAAAAAAUAUGAGUAAAUUAUUGGUCAAUUAUACAUAGUUGUUUAUAUUGCAUAAUAACAUUUUUAUCAUGAGUAAAGUUCAGAGCUGUCAGAUUCACCACAUGAUUUUUCUCAUAUUUUAUUAAUUAAAAAAAUUAUAAUGUUGUCUAUAAAUUAUAUAAAUUUAUUAAUAAUAUUUUUUGUACCAAAAUAUUGUUUAAAGGUUUGCAUUGUACCACAAUGUCAUUUGGAUGUUAUAAUUUAAAUAAAUAUCCAACACCUAUAAUAAAUGUUGAAAUUUUUAUUGUUAUCCCCCAACAUAUAACUCCUGUAUCUGCCCCUGGAGAAGGAUAAGGGUAGCAGUUAGCUCUCCUACCUAUAUUCUUUCCUUCAAUAAAGCCUGUUUAAAAGGCCAAAGCAUGUACAAUGCAGUUUGCUUGUGAUGUAUUAAUCGUCAGAUUGACACAAACUCUCUUAAGCCCCUCCUCCAUCGUUCUGGUAAAGCCCCCCAUUGGUCAAAGCUGUCAGGCAGUCAGACCAAAAAAAAAA